UCUAAAGAUUAAAGGGAAUUUGUAUCUCCAUGGCAACAUGUUUUCUGAUCAACCUCACUCCUGUCGAGCAGAGAGAGAACAGUUUAGAAGGUACAAGUGUUACUCUGUCCUACCCGCUCUCUAAAACUGCCACAGGGAGCGAUUAUUUCUUCUGGUACCGUCAGUAUCCUGGAGAACCUCCACAGUUCCUGCUGUCCAUCUCAGGGCUUGGUAUCAAGAGGACAGCUGAGUCUCUUGGUUCAGACAAAAGGUUUUCUAUUGAACUGACUGAAGAGAAGCCUGGAGUGGAUCUGAAGAUCUCCUCUGCUGCAGUGACAGACUCUGCUCUGUACUACUGUGCUCAGCAGCCCACAGUGACAGGAAACACAGACUCCCUGUACAAAAACCUGCUGAGCACAAAACACUCUACCAUCUCCCCGAGACCCGAUCAGUGUAAAGGAGAAGACAGUGUGAACCAGAUCAGUGAAGAAGUCAUUGCUACUGAAGGACACACAUUUGCCUCCCUGCUUUACUGGAACUCGCUCUGCUCUCCACUGCCUCACUCCAUCAUGCUCUUUGCACUCGUGAUAUGUUGCAUUUUAUGUGGUCCAAGUGUUGAAGACAGUAUCAGUCAGCAGAAGGAUGUCCAACGUGCUGUUGAGGGUGCUGCUGUGGUGCUCUCAUGCAGCUACAACAGCUCUGCAGUCAGUAGUCUCUUAUGGUACCGCCAGUACCCCGGCUCACCACCACAGUUCCUUAUCAUGGAAUACUCUGGAUACAUAACUAAUCCAAUACCAGGAAUGAAAAUAACACAUAUCAAACAACAGAGACUUGUGGAGCUGCUGAUCUCCUCUGCUGCGGUGACAGACUCUGCUCUGUACUACUGUGCUCUGAGGCCCACAGUGACA